UUCCUCUCUCAGGUUCUACUUCGGGACGGUCUUCAAUUGUUUUUCACUUUGUCUCCAACACAAGUUUCAUUCAUUUUAGGGGGUUUUGCUGAUUAGGGUUUUAAGAAAACUACGAUCAUGGCUACUAAAUUAGGAACGAAAGUUUCCACCCUGUUGAAGUACUCUUCACCACACAAUGUCACCCGAAUGCUGUCGCAGGCAGCUCCAGCACCAUUUGAUCUGCAGCACUCAAACCCAUUCGCAAAGAAAGUGGAUGCCAUUCCUGUUGCCAAAUAUGGUGGGCGCCACACAGUCACGAUGCUACCUGGUGGAGGUAUUGGUCCCGAGAUGAUGACCUAUGUCCGUGAAGUCUUCAGGUAUGCUGGAGUUCCUGUUGACUUUGAAGUUGUUCAGAUUGAUCAGAAAAGUGAAAGUGACGAAGAUCUGGAGUAUGCUAUUACUUCUAUUCGCCGUAAUGGUGUUGGAAUCAAGGGAAACAUUGAAACUGGCAGUGCGAGACCGGGUGUAUUGUCUCGAAAUGUAGGUCUUCGCAAUGAGCUGGAUUUAUUUGUUAAUGUUCUUCAUGCCAAAUCACAUGCUGGAGUCAACUCUAGACAUCGGGACAUUGAUGUUUUCAUUGUGCGUCAGAAUACUGAGGGUGAAUACGCUAUGUUGGAGCAUGAGAGUGUUCCUGGUGUGGUGGAAAGCAUGAAAGUUGUUACUGAAGAGAACUCCGAGCGUGUGGCUCGUUAUGCAUUUGAAUUCGCCCGCAAGAAUGGCCGCAAGAAGGUUACCACCGUGCACAAGGCUAACAUCAUGAAGCUUUCUGAUGGCCUCUUCCUUGAAGUAUCUAGACAGAUGUCAAAGGAAUACCCCGAAAUUCAGCAUGGUGAUAUGAUUAUUGACAACACUUGCAUGCAACUUGUGUCAAAUCCUCACCAGUUUGAUGUAAUCAACACGACCAACUUGUAUGGCUCUAUUGUUUCUAAUGUUAUCUGUGGUCUCAUUGGAGGAGCUGGUCUCUUCUCUGGCAGAAACUACGGUGACCAUUAUGCUGUGUUUGAGCCUGGUACUCGUAAUACUGGCACUGCCAUUGCUGGAAAGAACAUUGCCAACCCCAUUGCCAUGCUUCAAGCAGGCGUUGAUAUGCUCCACCACCUUGGCCAUACUAGCCAUGCUAAAUUGAUUGAAGAUGCUAUUUACAAAACAAUCAAUGAGGACCGCAUUCACACACCUGAUCUUGGAGGCCAAGCCACUAGUAUUGAUGUGGUUCAGAACAUUGUGAAAUACCUGCAACAAUCCACCAGGAAAGCUAACUGGCAAGAACUCCGAGCACCCUUCUGAGGAAUUACCCUGAUCCUACACACCCCGCUAAAGAACAGCAUUUCCCUCGCAUUUAUGAACUCUUAGUUUCCUAUAUAAUAAGUUAUGGCUUCAAUUGAACAUUGCGGUCGAUGUUGUUUGUACAAAUGUCACUUUGGAUUUUGUCAGUUGCAAGGAAUCAAUUACAUUUGGUGACAGACGUAUUGCGUGAAUGUUUUGCUCUUGCAAAGACUGUCAAUAUUGUAGCCACUUGUAUAGUAUUUAUUAUUCAAGACUGUCAGUAUUAUACAUUCCAUUCCAAUGUAAGAAGUAUGUACAUUUCUUCUUAUCUUUUUGCUCCUCUUUUAAUUACCAAAGUUAGCUACUACCUUACUGAAGAAGAUGUCUUAACAGUUUCAAAGCUAAUCAGUUUUUGGUUUUCUUUUUUCAAUUGUCAUUUCUAAAAUGUGCAGGGGAAGAAAGAUGAAAUUAGAUCUUAGCUCAAUUUUAUCUUUACGUCUUGGCUUUUGUUUUUACGAUGAAGCCAGCUCCAUUGUUCUAAGCAAAACUCAUGAGGCUUUGUUUUAACCAUCAUGAUAGUCAAUGCUAGAAUGUACAAUGUUCUCUGUAGAUAGGCAGAACUCUAUUGUACAUAGGUGCCUGAAAUUUCUUUGUUAAUGUUUUUUCCAAAUAAACUAAAAACACCUUUU